AUGUUAAGUGUUCGCGCAGAAUUGGAAAAGGUAAAUAAGGAAAAAGAACGACAAAGAAAAAUAGCAGAAAAAGAUAGAAAGGCACAAGCACGACUUGAAAAAAAGGCACUAUUAGCUGAAUCUAAAAAAGAAGUCGAACCACAACCAGAAACCACACCAGUUCCAAUAAAUGAAGAUGAAAAAAAGGAUGAAGUUGUGUUGAAAGACAGUAGAAGAGAAAAGAGCGGAGUGAAAUCUAAAAGCAUUAAGCCUGAAAUAAAAUCAAAAGAAUCUAAAUCGAAUAAAGACUCUUUAAAGUCAAGUAAAAAGGACGAAGUAAAAAAGGAAAAAGAAGAUCGUACUAAGAUGGAGAGAGAUAAAAAAUUAAAAGAGAAAGAGGAAAAAGAAGAGCGUCUAAAAAUUGAGAAAGAAAAAAAACUUAAAGAGAAAGCUGAAAAAGAGGAGCAAAAACAAGAUCAAAUACAAAAGGAAAAAGAGGAACGCCGUAAACAAAAGGAAGAUCAAGACAAAAUGUCAAAAGUUAAAGAAAAUAAAAUGGAGCCAAAGCCAAACAAACCCACUGAACAAUUGCGUACAAAGAAACAAGCAAGUGAUGAUCAAAUGAAGUUAAAAAACAAAGAAAAUACGAGCAAGCACUUGAAGACACUUGCAGAUGAAAAGCAAAAGGAAGAAGCAUUUGCAAAAAUGGCCCUUGUCAAAUCAGAAAGAAACAUAAAUAAACCAAAAGAAGAGGCGACAGUACAAGAAUCCACUAAACCAAAAGAACAGCCAACGAUAAAAGAGUUAAAUAUUAAUAAAAUCAAACUUAGAAAAGGGUCAUCAGAUGAUUUAAUACUGCAACUAGUUAAAAUAAAGCAAGCUGAAGAAAAGAAAAUGAAAAUAAAACCAGUACGUUUAUCAGAUUUAAAUGUCUCAUCUUGUACAAUCAAAGCCCAUCUGAGACAUAAAUUAAGACGAGGGGUGGAUUGCACGAUUUGCGAAGAUUCUGAGCUAGAACUCGAUAUGGAUAACGUUUUAUAUAACCAAAAUAGAGAAAAAGAACCUAAUAGCAUCAUUAUAGGUGAUAGAAUUCUGAAAAAUAGGAUUCCAUACAUUGAGAAACCUCCGAAGGGAAUGCUGUUUGAACCGUUAUUUUUUAAAUCACAAUUUCAAGAAGAAGAUUCUACAGUAAAAGAUGACAAGGAAAAAAAAUCAGCAAAGAAACCUCCCGCUCCUAUUAGACAUACGGAACAAGAAACAGCCAAAGGUGUUAUUCGUUAUGCUUUGUCAGAUCGUUCUUUUAUUGAUAAAGGUUGGACUAUGCUACCCACUGAAAAAGUUGUGCGAAAAAUGAACGUCUAUCGAAUGAGGCCCGCACAUCCGGAAUUCGAUUGGUUCGAACAUAAUAAAAAUAAAAAGUUAAUGUUACAUGACACUGGUGAGAAACUAGCAGAAUUUGAUGACAACGGAAAGGGUCGUUGGUUUUAUAGAAAUGGAAGAAAAGCACUAGAUUAUUAUGACGCUGAAGAAAUAAAUGCCCAGCAAAGGUUUGUUAUAUAUAGUAAUGGUGAACCAGACGAAAGAGGCCGUGCACGACCCUAUACAAUUCUGGCUACCUUUGAUUAUUUAGGAAACGGUAUUGUUUUUGAUCACAGUGGAAAAAUAAGGCUUAAAUAUAACCAGACUGAAGGGGUUGUUCUUGAUAGAGAUAUUGGUCCCGUGUCUCAUUGGAAAUGGCACACAUUAAACGAUCCUCCUGUUCUACAGCAAGUUAUGAUUGAUACUCAAAUGGCGCAUAAAGACCCUGAUAUUUUAAAACUUGGUGGGCAUGGUGAUGAUAAACCAAGAAAUGAUAACGAAGAAAUGCUUGCAAUCGAAUUUGAUAAUUUUAUUAAAGAGAAGAGCAAAAAAUUAACCCAAAAAUUCAAGCCCUUCCAAAUAAAAAUGAAAGCACUUAAAAUUAAUGAAAAUUUUUCACUAAAGGUUCUUGAUCAAGCCACAGUUUACUUGAUAUUUAGAGAUGGGUCUGCAAAUUUAAAAUUAAAUAUUGGCAUGAUCCUAGAUCAUAAAGAAAUUGUCGAUACAGAUACUGCUGAAGUUGGAGAAGUUUCCAAUAGUUUAGAACGUUUUCCAGCACGAACCGAUAGUUUAGCCGGCUUGCAACAAAGCGUAGCAUACGCCCAACGAAUCGAACGGGCUAGACUGGAAAGGGAGCGACGAUUACGACCAAGCCAAUCAUGCGCAAGUGCUGAUAAACUUACAGCUGGUGCAUCAAGACCUUUACGAACUCCCUUUCGCACUGCUACUUCAAAUACAUCUACGCACACGACAGAAUGUUUUUGUCGAUGUAGAAAACCAUCUUUGAAAAAUAUUUAUUAUGAUACU